UCUAAAUAUUUUUUUUUUUUUCUUUUUCUCUAGUCAUGUCGACAAAGACUUCUUCAAAAUUUUGGAAAAAGCUUGGUUUGGGAAAAAAAUCUUCUUCUCAAGUGUCUCGUCCAGCUUCCAUUCAAUCUCAUGCAACUAUUACUACUACAGCUUUACUCAAUAAUGACGACGAUAAGUCUAUUAAAAGCAAACGAUUUAGUGGCGUUUUGUCAAACCGUAAACAAAGUGCAAAUUCAUUACGAAGGUUACAACAAAUAACAACUAAUGAAGAUCCACCAGCAUUACCUAGUAAUGGAAAUAAUACAACUACAGAAAUCAAAUCAUCACAAACUUCAAGUCUACCUCCUGUUUCUACAUUGAACUACGAUGAAAAUACUCUUCCAACAAACCACGUGGAAUUAAACACCCCGCCCUUGGAUCCCGAUCUUGGUAAACAACACGAUGAACUUGCCUUUGAUGUCAUCACUCAUAAUGAAGCUCGUACUGACGAACAACCUGAUUGUAUGACAGUCGAAUCAAAUUCACGUAGUACAGCUAAUCAACCUAUUCCUUCUUCCGCAACAACACAACGAUCCAAUAUGACACCCUCCAAAUUAAUGAAACCAAAAAGUGUAUCAAGUUUGAAAAAGAAAUCUAGCCAGGCUGACUCUCUGACCACAUCCUCUCCAAUUCAAAGUACAAUCAAUAAGGAACCCAGCAAAAGUAGACUUCGUCAACCCUCUAGUACACCUGGAUCAGCUCGUUCUUCAACACCAUCUGCUUCGUCAUCGACAUCUUCAUUGAGAAAAGAUUCCACCACGUCACGUAUACCUCAUCGUCCUCCUAUACCUUCUAACAAUACUGAUUUAUCAUCAGAUAAAAAGGAUGAACUUAUUCAACAAUUACAAGAAGCUUUACAAACCGAACAAUCCAUCAAUCGCGUGUUACAAGGACAAAAAGAAGCCAUUACUCGGGAUUUGGAUUACUUUAGUCUGACCGUGGACGAAUUAUUAGAAGAAAAAGAAUCAUUAUUACAAAAAUACGAAGAAGAAAAGUCAAAGGCCCUAUCAAAAGAAGAAGAUCUAAAUGUAUUACUGGAAAAACUCAAGACAAGUACCGAUAACGCUAGAGAACGUAGUAUGGAAGUGGACCAAUGGAAGAUCGAAAUUCAGAAUAUCAAGGAUGAAGUAUCGUUAGAACAAGAAGAAUUGAAAUCAGCUUUGAAACGCAAGGAUCAAGUUAUCCUCCAAUUAAAGAAUGAAUUAAAUCUUGCAAACGAAGAAAUCAAUACAUUAUCGUCAAGACUCAAUCAACUUGUACAAGAAUCAGUCAAUCGCAAACCAACCAAUACUCAAACAUCUCUACAACAACAACAACAACAUAUGAACGAGAAUAUGAUUAUUGAAACACCGAGUGCCUCUCCAAAAUUGAAUGCACAACAUUACAACGAAAAUGAUAAGAACGUUGAACCACGAUCUCAAGGAUCGAUUCAUAACACUAAUAUCAAUGGACAAGUAUCUACUACAACAACAACUCGACGUCAUCCUUCAUUAUCAGUGGUCACCACCCCUACAUUGGAUGAUGAACUGAUGAUGUUGACCAAGGAAAAAGAAAAGCUUCAAUCUGAUUAUAGUAAAAUACCCUUAUCAGGUGGCGGACCGACUUCAAGACGACGAAAAGAACAAUUAGAAGAAAUGCUUGAUGAAGUGGAUAGUCAACUUAGCAAAGUCAAACAAAAGAUUCGUCGAUCAUGAAUUAGUUUUAAUUUUUUUUUUUUAUUGAUCUUCAUUCUUUAUACCCUAUUAUUAUUUUUAUUUUUAUUAUUAUUGCUACUUAUUACUUAUUAUUCCAAUCUAUGAUGAUUUGUUUGUUAGUCAACUUUCCAAAAAUAUAUAUCUAUAUCUGCAUUUGAUCAAUAAAUUAUAUAAAAAAAAAAAGACAUACAAC